AAGAUGGAUUACUCCAUCGCUGCGGGGAUGCAGUUCUCCGUCGGGGAUCGCUGCCAGGUCCGUCUGGAGAACAGUGGGCGGAGCUACAGUGCCAUCGUCAGAGAGAUUCCUCCCACUAACGGCCCGGUGACCGUUUACAUUGAAGAACUGGGAACAAAACAAGUCCCUCUGUGGAACCUCCGCCCCCCCAGCGUUGAGAACAGUUGGAGCACCGUGGUCCACCGGGACAAGAGACUGAACAACGGACAUGGAG